AUGAGCACCGCUAUCAAUGUGGUCCAGGGCCUCGCCAAGAUCUUCGAAUUGCGAGAAGCCAUUCGCCACCAACGCAGAGUCAAUAGGCAAACGUACCUACAACUGACCGAGAUCCACGUCGAGCUCCAACUGUUGGAGCGCAAAGGACCCCUUCAAGACAACGCCGUUCUACGACGCAAUACCACCGUCAAGAAGUUCGCUCUUGCGGUGCACAAUUUCUCACAAUAUCUUCAAACUUACAACGACUUGAACCGCUUCCUCCGGUUUUUCAAGCGCAGCGAGAUGGAGAAUGAACGUCAACUCAUCGUCGCGGAGAUCGACCAGCUCUUCCGGAUGCUCGGCCUCGCCACUUCCGUGACGGUCAUGAACGGAAACGCGUCAGCUGCUAAGAACGCCGCCAAGUUCCUCUCCAAGUUGGAGAAGCUACACACAGAUGUCAAACUCACACACGAACAGGUACAGGCUGCCCUGCUGCAGCUGGUGGAGAAGCGAAAGAACGACGAGGUAGAGACAAAGCUAGUGGCACAAAAGCCUGAGCUCAAGCGGAGUGCAGCGUCUGACAUCAACGAUUACUCUGUGCCGUUGAUAAUGGAGACACUAGCGUCACGCCAAGCGGCCGAGAAGGAGCAAGCACUGUUAGUUCUCAUUCGCAAGUGCGUCACCAGUAACAGUCGAGCGCAAGUGUAUCAAUCGGACGGGAUCGGACUAUUUGCUCGUUUGAUUCGAGAAGGCAACAGCUUCUACACAGAGCUGUAUGCAUUGCACUGUUUGAGUUGGUUUACGUUCAUUUACUCCAAGAUGAGCGAGUCCGAGUUCGAAGCACUGCGCGGAUGCAUUCGAGAAGCUGCCCAGCCAGAGAUCCAGUCACUGGUACGAGAUCUCCAGUUUGGCGACGAGCAAGGGAAGGAAGACGCAUCGAUCCUCUGUUCUUGCUUAGCAACUCGUGGAGAAGGAGAAAGACUGCGGGAUGCUGGAGUGUUGUCACCUCUCGUUGCUCUUCUGCUGCAUGGAACAGCCAACCAGAAACUUUGGUCGGCGGAGACGUUGGGGACGAUGGCCAGCAACAACGACGACAACUGCGUGGCGAUUGCUAAAGAAGGAGCCAUCCCGCCUCUAGUGACGCUGCUGCGUUCCGGAACAGACAUGCAGAAACAGGAGGCAGCGUACGCUCUCGGGAACUUGGCAGCUGAUAACGACGAGAACCGAGCUACGAUCUCCCGAGAAGGAGCCAUCCCCCCACUCGUAGGCUUCGUGAAAGCGGUGACGGACGCUCAGAACCAAUGGGCAGUGUACGCUCUCGGAGCGCUGUCGCUGAAUAACGAGGCCAACCGCGUUGCAAUCGCCCAGGAAGGAGCCAUUCCGCCACUGGUUUCCUUGACUCAAUCGGGUUCGAGUGCUCAGAAGCAGUGGUCCGCCUACACUCUGGGCAACCUCGCGUACAACGACGACAACCGCGUCAAGAUCACGCUGGAAGGAGCCAUCCCACCUCUUGUCAACCUGUUGCAGACUGGGACGGAGGCUCAGAAGCAGUGGAGUUCGUAUGCUCUGGGAAACUUGGCGUGUGAUAACGAAGCCAUUGCUGACGCGAUCGAGCUGGACGACGCGAUUCUGCCGCUCGUGGAUCUCGUUCGAACCGGGUCCGACGCGCAGAAACAAGAGGCCGCCUACACUCUGGGCAAUUUAGCUGCGAGUAGCGACGACAACCGCCACGAGAUUGGGCGAGAUGGAGCCAUCGCACCUUUGAUCGAGCUUCUUCGAGUUGGCACCAGCGACCAGAAACAAUGGGCAGCGUAUGCGCUGGGCUGCAUCGCCCUCAACAGUGAUGCGAACCGUGCUGCGAUCGUGAACGAAGGAGGUUUACGAUUGCUUGUGGCGCUGACUCUGUCGGGAGGCGACGAGCAGAAGACUCAAGCUCUGCGAGCACUUGGGAACGUGGCCAGAGCUGACGACAUGAAUAGUAAAAUUGUGUUCCCAAGUGAAGAAGUCAUCACACCGUUGAUGAAAUUCCUGCGUUCCGGGACGACAAAUCAGAAAGCGAAUGCUGCAGCAGCUCUACGGAAACUCGCGAGCAGUGACGAAGACAAUUGUCAAGUGAUCGUUCGCGACGGAGCUGUGCCACUUCUGGAAAGACUUGUGGAAACGGGAUUCCUUCGCAGUGUUGCUGUGAGUUUGGUAGCAAUGUAA